UGAGCCGCACAACAAAGCAUUGAACCUAUGUACAAUGCCGAGCCCAUGCGGCGUUUGCAUCGAUGCCUGGCAGCGCCACGCGAAGCUUUGCGAACCACGAGCUCAGCUCUUUCAGCUCUUUCUCACAGCACCCUUUUGCGACAUUGAAUGCGCGACACUUGCCUCUGUCACUAUGUUCAAUAAACCGCACGCCGCGUGGUCGCUCGUUGACGUACUUGAAUAUGUCGAAACCAACCAGUCGUCUUCGUCAACAGCGCUACCAGAGAAGCCCUUAAGAUGUCUGAAGAGAGGCACAGAGAGCAACAGCUUACACACCCAAGCCUACUCUGCACAAGAUUAUGUUGCAGUGAGUUAUACAUGGCCCAGUAAGGCAUGGACGAGACUGUACGACAGCAAUGUAUCCACUAAGGUCUGGGAUGGGAAGCACUGCAGUGACUCCGAACACAUCAGCUUGUUCAUGCUUCAUGUAUUGGACAAGUUGCUACCAAUGACCUCAAUGAAUGAUGAUGGUCAAGAGCUACACAUGUGGGUGGAUCAUUCAUGUAUCAACCAAGACGAUGACCAGGAGAAGCAAGAGCAAAUCGCAAUCAUGGACCGCAUCUACUCUGGCGCGCGCCUUACUGCUGUCAUGCUGGAAGACGUCGAACUCACUGCCGAGGAAUAUGAUUUCCUGAGGUCAUACAAGCGAAGGAUAGGCGAAGAGCGCGCGAGGUUUGUCACAUUGCUACGCAAAAUCCUGAAUGGUAGAUGGUUUGGAAGAGCCUGGUGCUCGCAAGAGUUUCUCCUGAGUCGCGGCACGAUGUUCUACGUGCAUCAGACAGGAAAGCCCAGGGAGCCAAUUGAUUUUGCCAGUGAAGUUCUGGCUGCAUGGGUGACCAAAGCACGAAUGUACGAUGCAACAGUGCCUCGCCUACCUGAGAUGAGAGGCAUUGCAAGCUUGUAUCAACCGAUCGCUGGCCUGGUUUUCGUUGGCUCAUUCGCCUGGGCAUACGGAGUCGUGCAGGAUCUGGAGUGUUACGAAGUGUUCGACAAGGUGGCUCUGGUGUUAAAUCUGGUGCGAACGCCUCCACAUCGGAGAUUGACGGCAUUUCCGAGCACAGAAGGCAAUAUGAGCGUCAAUGCAGACACGAAUGUUGCCAAAAUAGUGAACGUGCUCGCUAUACAAAAUAGGGACUUUUCGCUCCUUCAGGCUGGCCACCAGGUCGAUAAUCCAUUCAUAGGCCUCAACGGUCUCGGCUGGGCUGCUUUACCUAUCAAAGGUGACGAGAUAGCAGAUUCGUGGCGCCAUCACAUCUACGAAGUUGACAAGGAUCCUACAGCUUCCUUGACCACAGAAGGUCUCAAACUACGAGGCCCGAUCGAACGCGUUGUCACCCAGCAAGAUUGGACAAUAAGGCGUGCCGAUAAAAAGCUUCAUAUUACAGUGGACCACAUCCACAGAGUUAUCGAACCCGACUGGCUGCAAGAACCAGAUGCCCAUAGCCCCGUACAGGGCAGUUUGUACGACCGCGAUACUCAAAUGUCUAGACUCCGCGACAUCCUAUACGCUGUCGAGGCUCUCGAUGCCGUUGACAUCUGGCCGACCUUUCUGCCUGCGGAUGAAACCUGGAUACUGCGCGGACAGCACGAUGGCUUCAGGUCGUACGACGAGGGCUCACUCCGCUCACGCAUUAUAAAAAGGAGUAUAUUCGACCCGGCACGACUCAAUGAACUAUCGCUGCUGGCUCAGCUUUCUUGCAUCGAGGCGAUGAAACCAGCUUCAAUGUAG